AUGGAACGUAGUAUCGUACGGCAUGCGAUCCGACAAAUACGAUGUCGACCAACCCUUCUCCACCGUCGAACUCUCGAACCUUUACGAUAUGCCCGCUACCGCAGCACCGAUGACAAAAGCAACAACCAAGUCUAUCCCCUGACCGGCUACUACGCGGACAUGCUCUCCUCUCCACGUACCCUCAAAGCCAGCCUUUCCGAAACUCCCAAAGAACAGGUGCAACCAGCCACUCAAAUCGUGCCGACCCCACCGCCAUCCACGUCCUCCAUCCCCAAAACCGACAAGGAAGAAACGAUAGAAAAAGCACGUAUAGUAUUCGGCUCCCGCCUCGCCAGCCCCGGAGAAGUCGACAAAGAGAAAGAAGCCAAGAGUCAAGAAAUCGCAGGCAUUAUCGUGCCGCCAAAGCCCAAGGAACCAGAAGCAGAUGAUUGCUGCAUGAGUGGAUGUGUGAAUUGUGUUUGGGAGAUCUAUAGAGAGGAGGUUGAGGAGUGGAAAGCAGCGAGUGAGAAGGCUAGGGGGCAGAUUGAGGUGCAGAGGAAAGAAAAGGGAGAGGAUGUAGGGGCGGAGAUGCCGAAGAACAUUCAGAAAGAUGAUGAUGAUGGCAAGGGAAAAGAGAAGGAUCCAUUUGCUGAUGUACCGAUUGGGAUGAGGGAAUUUAUGCGCAUGGAGAAGAUGUUGAAGGAUAAACAGGCUGCUCAGCAAGUGAAAGGUGGAUGA